UUGAAGAGGAAAAAUGAUUCACAUUUUCAUGAUAAAAACAACGAUAUUUAAGUCAACACUAUAAACGAUCGAGAUGAUUUCACACAAUGACAAGCGUUAAAAAGUUUAGAACAAGGAGUUCAAAACGUUUUUGUGCAGAGAAAUUGUGUUGCAGAUCAGAAUCAACUGUUGCUACUUUUCAUUGUGAUGACUGUGGCUCAGACCAGUGUGAAGAUUGUUGUGAAACAAUACAUUCCACCAAUGUCAGUUUUGAAUUACACGAUAGAAAUGUAAUAAAAGGUCCUCAUCAUUCAGAACUUUGUCAAAUUUCAAAAGUACUUCCAUCUAAAAUAUGCAUAGAUGAGAAUUUUGCAGAUUUAUGGUGUGAAGUGUGUUGCAUAAGCUUUUGCAAUUACUGUUUUGAGGUUUUUCACAAGCUUUCAUCUAGAAAAACGCAUAGAAAAAUAUCAUUUAAAGAGCAUAAACUUCGGGAACAGCAGAAAGCUGAAGAAACACUACAUAUGAACAUCCAGUCAAUGCCCCUGCCUUUGAACAUUCAGCCAUUGUCCCCAGUGUCAGAUGACGAUUCAUUGACCUACAUUUCUUUUCCCCAAGAAGAGUCGAGCAUAGCAAUGAUUAAUACAACACAAGUGCAGUCUGUUAAUAUUAUACCAGAUUUAUGUGUCAAUACAAAUGAUGACGAUAUCAUCAAUACUUUGGCAGAGAGCAUGAUUGAUAGUGAAUAUGAUGAAAUAGCAAGCUUCAUGUUGCUUGAUGACCAAGAACAGUUGAAGGUAUCCAAUGAAGAAGACUUUUUGAAUAAGCUUGAAUGUGACAGUAAUGAUUUAGUAAAAGUUGUGUCAAUAUUUGGAAACACUGGUGAUGGAAAGUCAUUUACACUUAAUCAUACAUUUUUUGGAGGGAAAGAAGUGUUUGAGACAUCCGCUCAACAGAAAUCAUGCACUAUUGGUGUGUGGGCAGCAUAUGACUCAAAGAGUAAAACAAUUGUCAUAGAUACAGAGGGAAUGUUAGGAUUGACAUCCAAUCAGAAUCAACGAUCUAGACUUUUACUCAAAGUUUUGGCGGUAUCAGAUAUUAUUAUAUAUCGUACACGAGCAGAAAGACUACAUACAGAUAUGUUUCAGUUUCUAUGUGAUGCUUCAUCUACAUAUUAUAAAUACUUCUCUACUGAACUCCAGGAUAUGGCUAAAAGAAUUGGAAAGACUCUAGCUGACCUUACACCAGCAGUUAUCGUCUUUCAUGAAACUGUCAAUACACAAAUUUUAUCAGGUAAAAAGUCAGCAGACAGUCAGCUUUGGGACCGAUUUAGUCAACUGGAUUGUAAAUUUCAUUUCAAAGAUUUACAUUAUGUUGGUGUUCAGACAAAAAGACCACCAACUGACUUCACACCAUUGAAGACGGUCCUAGAAACCUUACUGGGAGAUAAAACAAACAGAGCCUCUAGGCAGCCAAAUGUUAUCUACUGUACACUAAAGAAUUUAAACGAUAGAUUUAGUGGACAUUUAGACAGACCAGAGAUUGGAACUUUUCCAGAUCAGAUAUUUUCCUGUCCUGUGAGGUGUUUGUCAUGUCGAGAGAGCUGUAUUAAAUGUAUGAACCAUGGUACCGAGAGUGACAGCCAUGAAACAGAGAAGAGAUGUUCAUACCAACACCAGUAUCAAAACAAAGUAUUUUUAUGCAAGACCUGUUUAUUGGCUGGUAAAGUUAAUGUUGUAGUACCCAAGACAUCAGAAUCAACAGAUAAUGUCUGGAUGGGACUGGCUAAAUAUGUAUGGACUGGAGAAGUUUUAGAGUGUCCCAAUUGUGGAGUAAUAUAUAGGAGUAGAGAACGUUGGUAUGGUAACAAGAAUAUGGAGGACAUUGUUUCGGUAGAAGUCAGACAUGUCUGGCCUGAUGGUUAUAAAAAUCUACAGGGGACCAGCAAUGCUGCCAGAAAAGUCAUUGAUAGCAUGCACUACAUUGCUGAUUCAGUUACCAGUGUCAGUCAGAAACCAACUAAAAUGAUUUCUGAUUGGAUGACAGACCAGAUAGCUCCUGACUACUGGGUUCCUAAUUCACAGAUAACAAAUUGUAAAAAAUGUCAGAAAGAACUUGACAAUGAACAAAAACAUCAUUGCCGUGCAUGUGGUGAAGGAUUUUGUGAUGAAUGCUCAUCAAAGAAAAGACUAAUACCAGAGAGAGGCUGGAAUUUCCUUGUUCGUGUUUGUGAUGAUUGUUAUAAUUUAGAAAACUCAACAGAAAUUACUGGAGGAAAGGAGCCUCAAGUAACUGCCAGGAAAGUUGGUGAGGUGCUGUCGUCUGCUAUCAGUGUUGUUGGUUCUACUGUAACCUAUCCAGUGGGUAUUUUAAAGGAUUCAGCUAGACCAACAUACUGGACUCCAGAUGAACAUAUCUCUAAAUGCUGUGUUUGUGAAACACCAUUUGGACCAAAAUUGAAGAUACACCAUUGUCGAGCUUGUGGAGAGGGCGUGUGUCAUGAUUGUUCCCCAGACAAACGUCCUGUUCCUCUGAGAGGAUGGGAUUAUCCUGUCAGAGUUUGUCAGAAAUGCUUUCAGAAGAAAGAUAAAGUGUGACUGUGUGAUAACUUCAUGGUCAUGUGAUAACUUCACAGUCAUGUGACAACUUCAUCAUUCCUUAUGGAAUUUGUCUCUUUACUGAGACCAUCUGUGUAAAUAGGCCAGAUUUGGGAAAUAAUUAUGUUAUUGAAAAAAAGGCAUUUAAUGUUGUACAGGCUUAUUAUAUAUAAUAGAUUUUCAACGUUAUAUUUUAGAUAAAUUCUUUUAAAUUGAAUGCCUUCAGUACCUGUGAAUUACUUUUAUAUGACAUGUAAGACAGGUGAUAGCGAACACAGAUUAAAUUGUAAAAUAAAAUUCAUUGUAUUUCUUGUUUCAAAAGUUUGGUUUGGUUGAGUUUUACUGUGCUUCAAGAUUUAAUCAAAUACGGAAAAAAGUUUUUAAAGAAUUAGAUACGUUUGAAUUGAUAAAACCGGUUUUAGGCUUCCAUUAAAAUAUGUUGGUUAAAUUGUUUGUUAGAUAUUUUUGUAUGAUUUUAUGUACAUGUUGCCAUCUAAUUUAUAUACAGAUCCUGUGUCCAUCCUUGGAUUACAGAAUCUGACAACCCUCCAUUCUCCUGUCUUUUAUAUAAUUGUUAUGUCACCCAAUCAUUGUAUUCAACUUUUUGAAGGUGUAUAUUAUUACAGUAAUACCCAAGGAUCUUGACAAGUCUUUAUAACAGUAUAAGAGGGCUUUACCAGACCCUUUUAAGUGAAGCCUUGGUCUGUGUUUCUAUUAGAUUUUACAAUUUUAACUGUCACUUUAGAGAACAUUAGUACAUGUACAUGUAUGUGAAUAAUUGGAAAAUGGAUUUAAGUAAUAAAAUGCUACAUAAUAUUUUUAACAAUUUUCUUUAAAAUUCAGUUAUAAUUUUGUAUAAUGUUCUAACUCAAAUAUUUAAUAAUUUGCUUUUUUACUCUAAAAAUUAGUCGUAGGAAAGAGUAGAUCAAGUUUAUGUAAUUAUAAUAUAUGUCCUCAUAUAUAUUUUAAGGUACACAAAUGAACAGUGUAAAUAUUACUGAGAUUAGCAAAUUUUGAUACAGAAAUGUAAUUUAUCAGUGACUCUUUUCAGCUAGAUGAAGACAAAAUGUUUAUGACUUUUUUGCAAAUACAAAUAUUGUUUUUGCUUUAUUCAAUAAAUUACAAAAAAUUGAUUUAUAAGAGAAGAUUAUGCAGAUAAUUUUAAUAUUACAACAGAUUGUAUAAAAUAUAAAUGUAAUUACUUUGAUAUAUAAUGAGGGAAUAAAUAUUGUGACCCCUUUUUAUACGACCGCAAAAAAUUUUGCGGUCGUAUAUUGGUAUGACGUUGGCGUCGUCGUCGUCCGAAGACACAUUGGUUUUCGCACUCUAACUUUAGUUUAAGUGAAUGGAUCUCUAUGAAAUAUUACCAUAAGGUUCAAUACCACAAAAGGAAGGUUGGGAUUGAUUUUGGGGGUUAUGGUACCAACAGUUAAGGAAUAAGGGGCCAAAAAGGGGCCAAAAAUAAGCAUUUUUGUAACUUCCAGACAUAACUUGUGUGUUAGUGUAUGAAUCUCUGACAUUGUACCACAAGGUUCCAUAUCACACAGGGAAUGCUGGGAUUGAUUUUGGGGGUAAUUGCCUCAAAAUAUUAGGAAUUAAGGGCAAAAAAAGGGGCAAAAAACAAGCAUUUUUCUAGUUUCAUGACAAUAACUUGUGUGUAAGUGUAUGGAUCUUUCUGAAAUUGUACUACAAGGUUCCAUAUCACAAAGGGAAAGCUGGAAUUGAGUUUGGGGGUAAUUGCCCAAAACGUUUAGGAAUAAGGGGCCAAGAAGGGGCCAAAAAUAAGCAUUAUUCUAGUUUCCAGACAAUAACUUGUUUUCAAGUGUAUGGAUCUCUCUGAAAUUGUACCACAAGGUUCCAUAUCAUCACACAGGGAAUGCUGGGAUUGAUUUUGGGGGUUAUUGCCUCAAAAUAUUAGGAAUUAGGGGCCAAAAAAGGGACAAAAAACAAGCAUUUUUGUCCAGCCUUCGACUUUAGUCGAAAAAGCGAGACAUAGCGAUCCUACAUUCCGUCGAUUGCGUCCACAAAUAUUCACUCUGUGGUUAAAGUUUUUGAAAUUUUAAUAACUUUCUUAAACUAUCCUGGAUUUCUACCAAACUUGGACAGAAGCUUAUUUAUGAUCAUAAGAUAGUAUCCAGAAGUAAAUUUUGUAAAAAUAAAAUUCCAUUUUUUCCGUAUUUUACUUAUAAAUGGACUUAGUUUUUCUGCCGGGAAAUAUUAUAUUCACUCUGUGGUUAAAGUUUUUAAAAUUUUAAUAACUUUCUUAAACUAUCCUGGGUUUCUACCAAACUUGGACAGAAGCUUGUUUAUGAUUAUAAGAUAGUAUCCAGAAGUAAAUUUUGUAAAAUAAAAAAUCCAUUUUUUCCUUAUUUUACUUUUAAAUGGACUUAGAUUUUCUGCCAGGAAACAACACAUUCACUCUGUGGUUAAAGUUUUUAAAAUUUUAAUAACUUUCUUAUACUAUUUUGGAUUUGUACCAAACUUGGACAGAAGCUUGUUUAUGAUCAAAAGCUAGUAUCUAGAAGGAAAUUUUGUAAAAAAAUAAAUCCAUUUUCCCGUAUUUUACUUUUGAAUGGACUUAGAUUUUCUGCCAGGAAACAACACAUUCACUCUGUGGUUACAGUUUUUAAAAUUUUAAUAACUUUCUUAUACUAUUUUGGAUUUGUACCAAACUUGGACAGAAGCUUGUUUAUGAUCAAAUGCUAGUAUCUAGAAGGAAAUUUUGUUUUCUUCCAGUUAACAUUACAUUCAGUCUGCAGUUAAAGUUUUUUAACAUUUAUUAGAUUCAUAAACUAUCCUGGAUUUUUACCAAACUUGGACAGAAGCUUCUUACAAUCAAAAGAUAGUAUCAAGAGGAAUAUUUUUAUUGAUUUACUUCCUCAUUUUUGUUGAGCCUGCCAUUAACAGAAAAAGUAGGCGAGACACUGGGUUCCGCGGAACCCUUACAAAUUUUUCUAGUUUCAUGAUAAUAACUUGUGUGUAAGUGUAUGGAUCUUUCUGAAAUUGUACUACAAGGCUCAAUAUCACAAAGGGAAAGCUGGAAUUGAGUUUGGGGGUAAUUGCCCAAAACGUUAAGGAAUAAGGGGCCAAAAAGGGGCCAAAAAUAAGCAUGUUUCUAGUUUCCAGACAAUAACUUGUGUUCAAGUGUAUGGAUCUCUCUGAAAUUGUACUGCAAGGUACCAUACCACAAAGGGAAGGCUGGGAUUGAGUUUGGGGGUGAUGAAUCAUAAGGGGGUUCAAAAAAUUUGGGUUUUUUUUUUUUUUUUUUUUUUUUUCCCUUUUUUUUUUUCUUUUAAAAUUUUCCAUUUUAAGUUGGUUAUUUCUGUUUUAUAUUUAAAAGCAAAUAAUAAUGAUAUGGUAGGAGAUACACACCAAACAGGAUGUGUAAAUUAUUAUAUAACAAGUAUUGUGCAAAAGCAAGAAAUUUUCAAUUGCACAGUAUUGCACAAUAGCAAGAAAUCUUCAAUUGCACAGUAUUGCGCAAUAGCAAGAAAUCUUCAAUUGCACAGUAUUGUGCAAUAGCAAGAAAUAUGCAAUAGCACAAUAUCGCGCAAUAGCAAGAAAUUGUCAAUUGUACAGUAUUGUGCAAUAGCAAGAAAUAUUCAAUUGCACAGUAUUGUGCAAAAGAAGAUACUUCGUAUAAAUUGCUUAUUUCUUGACCAAUUUCAAUGGGGUUUUAUUCUUGAAUUCUUGGGGUUCUUUAAUAUGCUGAUUCUAACCGUGUAUUAAGUUUUUGGAUUUUGGGCCCCGUUUUCAAAUUGGUCCACAUUGAGGUCCAAAGGGUCCAAAAUUAAACUUUGUUUGAUUUCAUCAAAAAUUGAAUUAUUGGGGUUCUUUGAUAUGCCGAAUCUAACCGUGUAUUUAGAUUCUUAAUUUUUGGUUCUGUUUUCAAAUUGGUCUACAUUAAGGUCCAAAGAGUCCAAAAUUAAACUUAGUUUGAUUUUUAACAAAAAUUUAAUUCUUAGGGUUCUUUGAUAUGCUGAAUCUAAACAUGUAUUUAGAUUUUUGAUUAUGGGCCCAGUUUUCAAGUUGGUCCAAAUCGGGGUCCAAAAUUAAACUUUGUUUGAUUUCAACAAAAAUUGAAUAUAUGGGGUUCUUUGAUAUGCUGAAUCUAACCAUGUAUUUAGAUUUUGGAUAUUGGACCAUAAUAGGUGAAUGUCCAAUUUAAAAUUUUUAAGUUCUUAGAACACAUUCAUUCUGUGUCAGAAACCUAUGCUGUAUCAAAUAUUUAAUCACAAUCCAAAUUCAGAGCUGUAUCAAGCUUGAAUGUUGUGUCCAUACUUGCCCCAACUGUUCAGGGUUCGACCUCUGCGGUCGUAUCAAGCUGCGCCCUGCGGAGCAUUUUAUUCUUUUUGUCGAGCCUUCGACUUUAGUCGAAAAAGCGAGACAUAGCGAUCCUACAUUCCGUCGGCGUCGGCGGCGGCGUCCACAAAUAUUCACUCUGUGGUUAAAGUUUUUGAAAUUUUAAUAACUUUCUUAGACUAUCCUGGAUUUCUACCAAACUUGGACAGAAGCUUGUUUAUGAUCACAAGGUAGUAUCCAGAAGUAAAUUUUGUAAAAAUAAAAUUCCAUUUUUUCCGUAUUUUACUUAUAAAUGGACUUAGUUUUUCUGCCGGGAAAUAUUACAUUCACUCUGUGGUUAAAGUUUUUAAAAUUUUAAUAACUUUCUUAAAAUAUCCUGGGUUUGUACCAAACUUGGACAGAAGCUUGUUUAUGAUCAUAAGAUAGUAUCCAGAAGUAAAUUUUGUAAAAAAAUAAAUCCAUUUUUUCCUUAUUUUACUUUUAAAUGGACUUAGAUUUUCUGCCAGGAAACAACACAUUCACUCUGUGGUUAAAGUUUUUAAAAUUUUAAUAACUUUCUUAGACUAUCCUGGAUUUCUACCAAACUUGGACAGAAGCUUGUUUAUGAUCACAAGGUAGUAUCCAGAAGUAAAUUUUGUAAAAAUAAAAUUCCAUUUUUUCCGUAUUUUACUUAUAAAUGGACUUAGUUUUUCUGCCGGGAAAUAUGACAUUCACUCUGUGGUUAAAGUUUUUAAAAUUUUAAUAACUUUCUUAAAAUAUCCUGGGUUUGUACCAAACUUGGACAGAAGCUUGUUUAUGAUCAUAAGAUAGUAUCCAGAAGUAAAUUUUGUAAAAAAAUAAAUCCAUUUUUUCCUUAUUUUACUUUUAAAUGGACUUAGAUUUUCUGCCAGGAAACAACACAUUCACUCUGUGGUUAAAGUUUUUAAAAUUUUAAUAACUUUCUUAUACUAUUUUGGAUUUGUACCAAACUUGGACAGAAGCUUGUUUAUGAUCAAAAGCUAGUAUCUAGAAGGAAAUUUUGUUUUUUCCCAGUUAACAUUACAUUCAGUCUGCAGUUAAAGUUUUUAAACAUUUAUUAGAUUCAUAAACCAUCCUUGAUUUUUACCAAACUUGGACAGAAGCUUCUUACAAUCAAAAGAUAGUAUCAAGUGGAAUAUUUUUAUUGAUUUACUUUGUCAUUUUUGUUGAGCCUGCAAUUAACAGAAAAAGUAGGCGAGACACUGGGUUCCGCGGAACCCUUACGAAUUUUUUCUUAAAGCAUUUAAUACAGACUAUCUUCUUCACUUUAUUAAGUAUAAUUUAAGAUUCUAUUAUUUAUAUUCUUACUUGUCACAAUAAUUUAUUAAUCUGAAUAAACAAAACAACAACAAAUUUGCACAACCUAUAGCUUGAAAAUAAGGCCAUUAACAUAUGUUUUUUGGGUUUUUUUUUCAGGAAAUAGAUUGUUAUAAACAACAUUUAUACAAAAAUGUUCCUUCAUUAUUUGUUUUACAUGUACUUUUAUACUACCAUAAAUGAUAGGCUGAAAAUAAAUACCUGUAUUUGGCAAGUAGCCAGAAAAAAAUACUUGGCAAGUUGACAAAUAAAAAUGCUACUUUUUAUAUAAUGUUAAUGUCAUAUCAUUUUAGGGCAGUUUAAAAGAUCAUAUAAUUGUGAAAUGCCUAAUUUGGGUUUAUAUACUUGUUUGAAUUUAAAUUCAAAUUUGGGAUUUCUUUAAAAUGGUGAUAGGAUGUAUCAUAUAUAUAAAUGUACAGUUAAAAAUGAAGUUUAAUCAAAACUUUAAAUAUGUAGGUACAAUCAUGUAAUAUAUACUUAGAAUUUGCCAUUUUAAUCAGAACAUACGGUAAUAAGUUUAUUUUUUUAUUUUUAUUUUAAAGUAAAGUGCAAGGAAUUGUAAACCUACUUUAUUCUUACUUGGUUGUAGUCUUGUGUGAAUCAGUCUCUGAAAGGUCUGUUAUACAUGAGGGUCUGGAUGGGGUUUACAGAAUAGAGAAUAAUGGACCAAGAGUACAGAAAAAUGGACAAAGAGUAUAGAAAAAAUGAGCCAAAAAAUAAAAAUAGGCCAAAAUAAUAAAGAAUAAAGACAAUUUGAGUGCUUCAAUAUAAAGAAUAGAGAAAAUGUCCCAAAAAAAUUAGAUUACAAGAAUGAAGGAUCCCAAUCCAGACCCUCUUAACCCCAUCAAGACCCUCGUACAUCUGUUUGUUUAGGCGAAGAAAUCUUAGUCUGUAACUUUUCAUUAGCAUAAAUUUAAGAUAUUAAACCAGUAAUUUGUAUAAGGUUUGUAUCAACCAUUUUCAUAUAAACAUGUUCUAAGCUUUUAAGUACCAUAGAUUAUUUUAAUUCUAUUUCACAUAAAUGCAUGUAUGAAAUGGCCUAUUACAAACACAUUACUGAUUUGACAAGAGCUGUCUCCCUUAUUAAAGGUCUGUCCCUCUUAAUUUCAUUCUUAGGCCAGACAAAAUAAAUAAGUAGCUUUGCCAUGUUUAGAUUAGUCAGGAAUUUAUUAUACCUGUUUAAUUUUUCACAUAAAAGUCAUUACUGAUUAUUCAAAUGAAAAGAGGUAUAUGUAAACAGAUGAGACUGGUUCUUGAAAAGCUUUGUCCAAGUACUAUUAUAUUAUUGCUUUUCUAGUGGUUAUUGGGUUUCUUAAUGAAAUUUUAAAAUAGAGUGCAAUAUAUGUUCAGAAUGGUGUAAGAUUAUUUAUUAAUGAUCCUUAGUCAUAAUUGUUAUUUACCUGGAUUCUAUUGGCUAUUCUAAAUCAAAUGUCUGUGUGGGUGUGGAGUGUUGAAAGGCAUGGUUUUGCAAGACCCCCAACUAUACAAUUUAUAUAAAAAAUGUAAUGCAUUAUUGUGUGGAAAGUUGUUUUUGAACCUUACCACCCUUAUGUUAUAAAUAUUUGAUACCUUCCAACCCCACACAAAUAAUUUUGGAAUAGUCCUUAGGUAGAAGCUGCUGGGAUUGGUUUUCAUUUGAGAUUCAGAAAGUAGAGGAUUUAUUUAAACACGUAAACAUGAUAUUGUUGUAGAAUCUUACAGUUCUUUUCAUAAUGCUAGCAAGACAAAGGUUUGUUUGGCUUGCUUGCUUUGUUUGUAUAAAUGUUUGCUCAAGCAUUGUAAUUAAGAUUGACAUCUACAAACAAUAUAAGUAGGCGGAAUUAAACCUGUGUAUAGGUAAAUUUGAUUAUUUGAUAAUGUCCAAUCAAAUUUAAAUAUAAUGUAUACAAGUUUAAAUCCGCCUUUUUAUGUUGUUUUCAGAUGUCAAUCUUAUUUACAAUGCUUGAGCAAACAUUGAUACAAACAAAGCAAGCAAGCCAAACAAACCUUUGUCUUGCCAGCAUUAUGAAAAGAGCUGUAAUAUUAAAAGAACAUUUGUGCAUGCUAAAUUUAAGAAUAACAAGAUCAGAGUUGAAACAAGACAGGAUGCUAUAAUAAGGGCCCUAUUAAUCUUUUUAUUCAAUCUUUUAUACUUUAUAAUCUUUACACCAAAUACAUCUUGUAUUAUUUAAAUUUUUAGCCCAAAAAAGGCCCAAAAGGCAGGAAUCCCUAAUAAUAACCCAAUCAGUAUAAAACCUAAUAACAAUUUUAAUGUGAUACUAGCUUUUUGUUUCUUUUAUUGUUGAUUUAUUUACAUGAACUUUGAACUUUGUUGAUUUUUAAAUUAAAAUAUAAAUUGAU